AUUUAUUUAUUUUUCGUACUGGUACUUUCCUUUUACUUUCUUUUCCUUUACAUUUCUUUUUUUUUUCUGUGGGGGUAAGUGGAGAAAUUUCUCUUAUGUAUCACACAUACACCAAGUUUUUCAUUCGGAUUUUUUCAAGUGCUUUCGAACGAGGCGAAAAUAUUUUCAGUGACAUAAACCUAACCGGUGACCGAUGCUGCUGGCAUUGGGUUUGAUCCUGCUGCUACCGCUUGUCGGAGCUUUUCGGCAAGGAAGCGACAUCUUGGCCACGUCAAACGGCACGGCCGGCUUUGCUGAGGUUUUCUCUGAUCGAGCCUUUGUAGUUACAAGGAUUCAGUCGGACGGAAAAGUCGAGAGAGCGAUCCGUUGGCCUGGAAUUUGCGCUAAGGAGACCAUCGUCAAUUGGGGAGACAUCGACGUGACGUUAAGACAGGUCUGGGAACAGAACUCCGGGAGAAAGUUGCAACUGAUAUACGAGGGUGGCAGUUUGACCGACUGCAUAGACGAGGAACUUGUAAGAGGGGACGAGAGGUCCUGUCUCCUGUCGAGUAUACACUCCGAUGACUACGAUGACGAAGCAGCAACAGCACUCGCCCAAGACGAGGUUUUCCAGUUUGACGAUGAUAAUUUGUCGACGAGAGUGUCGCAAGACUUUUCUUGGAUAUCAUCUACGUCUGAACUACGUCAUCGUUGCAACCGUUUGAGAACUAGAACGCGUAAUCAAGUCAUAGCUAAACACCGUAGAAGAGAAUACCAUCGAAAUAACGUGAACGAAACGUUCAAUGAAAGAAGAGAUAAACGAGGUAGAAGUAGAAGACGAAGGGAAUUACUUUUAAUACCAGGAACACAAUGGUGCGGACGUGGUCAUCGUGCUACAAAAUAUACUAAUUUAGGUGGAUUUGGUGUAGCCGAUGCUUGUUGUCGAAGACACGACACUGCCUGUCCCUUUUUCAUACCAGCUUUCGAAGCACGUUACGGAUUAUUCAAUUGGGGUAUUACAACCAUGAUGCACUGUACUUGCGACGAACGAUUUCGCACGUGUUUAAAAAUGGCAGGAACAUCGUCGGCCAAUUUUAUCGGUAAGAUAUUUUUUGAUGUAUUACAAACGAAAUGUUUCGUAUUGAAACCACAAAAGAUUUGUACUAAACGAUCAUGGUGGGGUAAAUGUCAGCAUCAUGAAUAUCGCAAACAGGCAUAUAUUCGUGACAACGUUCCUUAUUAAAACAAAAAUAUAGAGGAGAUAAUUCAAUGUAAAAGUUUAUUAUUAUUCGAGAUAUAAAACG